AUGAUGCUGCUUGAAGAAAAGUUCAUCUCACUGUUGCAGUCAUGUAAGACCAUAAAGGAACUGCACCAGAUACAGGCGCAGGUAACCCUCCACGGUUUUUCACAGAAUGACUACGUCGCUCCGAAACUAGUCACGGCCUGUGCUGAACUGAAGCGAAUGGCUUAUGCCCACCAGGUGUUCGAUCAAAUUCCUGAACCAAAUUUUGCUCUAUGGAAUGCGCUGUUGAGAGGGUAUGCGAGGAAUGAGGGUCAUAGGGAAGUUGUGGCUUUGUUUUGUAGGAUGAAGAACAUGGACAUAAUGCCGAAUUGCUAUACGUUCCCCGUUGUGAUUAAAUGUUGUGGGAGGUUGGGUAGGUUGGUGGAAGGUGAAGAGGUGCAUUGUGUUGCGAUAAAAUGUGGGUUUAGAGCGAACCCCUUUGUGGGGACGACGCUGAUCGAAAUGUAUGCGGCUGGGGGAGUGAUUGGAGCUGCUUAUAAGGCGUUUGGUGAGAUGUUUGAGAGAAAUGUGAUUGCUUGGACUUCCAUGAUUAAUGGCUACAUUUUGUGUGGUGAUAUGGUUUCUGCGCAGCGGCUUUUUGAUUUGGCACCAGAACGAGAUAUCGUGUUGUGGAACACUAUGGUUUCUGGUUAUAUUGAGCUGGGGGAUAUGAGAACAGCUAGAAAGCUUUUUGAUAAGAUGCCAAGGCGUGAUGUUAUUUGUUGGAAUACCGUAUUGAAUGGUUAUGCAAGUAAUCAAGACAUUGAGGCUUGUGAGGAUUUGUUUGAGAAGAUGCCUGAGAGGAAUGUUUUCUCAUGGAAUGGGUUGAUGGGAGGCUAUGCACGCAAGGGACGUUUCAUUGCAGUUCUGGGAUCUUUCAAGCAGAUGCUUACUGAGAGUAAAGUGCUUCCUAAUGAUGCCACAUUAACGACUGUGCUGUCAGCUUGUGCGAGAUUAGGAGCUCUUGAUUUGGGCAAGUGGGUGCAUGUAUAUGCCGAGAAUAUAGGGUACAAGAGAAAUGUAUAUGUUGGGAAUGCGUUGAUUGACAUGUAUGCAAAAUGUGGUGGUGUUGAUAAUGCAGUCGAUGUCUUCAAAAACAUGGAGAUGAAAGAUCUAAUUACUUGGAACACUAUAAUUUGUGGCUUAGCAACACAUGGACGUGGGGGUGAUGCUUUAAAGUUGUUUUCACAGAUGAAGAGUUGUAAAUUGAAACCAGAUGGGAUCACCUUCAUAGGUAUUCUGUGCUCUUGUACACAUCUAGGAUUAGUAGAAGAUGGCCUGUCAUAUUUCCAAUCAAUGGUUAGUGACUAUUCAAUUGUGCCUCAAAUUGAGCAUUAUGGUUGUAUGGUUGAUCUGCUUGGGCGAGCUGGUCUCUUGGAACAGGCAGUGGAGUUUGUGAGGCAGAUGCCGAUAGAAGCAGAUGUUGUCAUUUGGACUGCCUUACUUGGGGCAUGUCGAAUAUACAAGAACAUUGAGUUGGCUGAGUUGGCUCUCGAACGGCUCAUUGAACUUGAACCGAAAAACCCUGCAAACUAUGUCAUGCUUUCAAAUAUAUAUGGUGAUCUUGGGAGAUGGAAAGAUGUCGCAAGAUUAAAAGUUGCAGUUAGGGAUACAGGGUAUAAAAAAUUCCCUGGUGUUAGCUCUAUAGAGGCCGAUCAUGGUGUGGUUGAGUUCUGUUCCUUGGAUAAGAGGCAUCAGGAGACUCAGGAUAUAUAUGAAACUCUGGAGGGAUUGACCAAACUACUAAGAUCUUCUGGAUAUGUACCAGACAUUCUGGAGCUUGGGCAUGGAGACUAG